CCAGUGCCCAGACUUCAAUGCCCAGGCUUCUCCCAAUGUCCAAACUUCAAUUCCAGGCUUUUCCAGUGCCCAGGAUUUACCUAGUGCCUAAAUUUCAAUGCCCAGGCUUUUCCUGUGCCCAGACUUCAGUGUCCAGGCUUUUCCCAGUGCCCAGACUUCAAUGCCCAGGCUUCUCCCAAUGCCUAGACUUCAGUGCCCAGUGUCCAGGCUUUUCCCAGUGCCCAGACUUCAAAGUGUCCAGGCAUCUUCGAAAUACCCAGUGCCCAGACUUCAGUACCCAGUAUUUUUUGCAGUGCCCCGAAUUCUUCCAAAUCUCCAGGCUUUUCCCAGUGCCCAGACUUUUUCCACUGCUCAGACUUCAGUGCCUAGGAUCCUUCCAAGUGUACAGGCUUUUUCCAAAUGCCCAGACCUCACUGGCCAGGACUCUUCCAAGUGCCCAAGCAUUUUCCCAGUGCCUAAACUUCAGUGCCCAGGUUAUUCCCAGUGCCCAAGCUUUUCUCAGUACCCAAGCUUUCCUCAGUGCCCAGACUUUAGUGCCCAGGAUUCUUCCAAAUUACCAGACUAUUAUCCAGUGCCAAGGCUAUUUCCCAGUGCGCAGGAUUUUCCCAGUGCCCAGACUUCAAUGCCCUUACUUCAGUGCCUAGGAAUUUUCCAAGUCUCCAAGCUUUUCCCCAGUUCCCAGACAUUAGGCUUUUCUCCACUGAACAAAUUUCAUUGCCUAGGACUCUUCUAA